AUGGGUAAGGUACGCCAGAGGCACACAUGUACGGAAUGUAGCUCGCGACGACAAAAGUGCGAUCGGCGUCUACCGUGCGGUCGGUGCGUCAAGCGAGGAAUCCCUGAUAAGUGCCAGUUAGAAUGGUCUGGAAGGAGAUAUCAAAAGCCCACUUCGCCAGAGCCUCACUCGAGGCCGACUCCGCCGAGAGAUAGAGUUGACGACGUGUCUCCAGACCCUGGUAUGCUGCCGUCCGUCGCGAGGCACGCCACAGACACUGGACCUUUUGCAGACGGGGAAGGCUGGGAUCUCUCCAGGUCCAAUACGCAGCGUCCCAGAUAUGACUUUGCUCCUUAUGCGCUGCCACAGCUUCGGAAGAAGACGGCCGACGUCGACGACAUGGGCGCGACACCGCUGUUCUUCUCGUCCACAGGCUCAGGUUGUGGACCCCACUUGACUGCUGCUGCACAUGAGGCGUUUCUGCAAAUGCUGCUUCCAAGCCUGAGCCACAUCUGGAAACUCGUCGACUUCCACGAGGCCUACCUCCUUUGGUAUCACUGUUGUUACCACGGACCAACCUUCAGGGCCGAGCUCGAAAGUGUGAUUGCCGAACAGGAGGACAAGACGUCUUUGAAUGUCGGUGGCCUCCAUUUGCAGUGGCUGGCUCUCCUGUUCUCCAUCAUGGCCGCUAGUUUGACAUGCUCGUCUGAGCGACGACUGAAGGAAUGGGGGUUCUCCAAGUCAGAAGCAGCCACCCUUUCCAUGCAAUGGUACAAGGCGGCCAUCACCAGUCUCAAUCAGGGCGAAUGGAUGUUGAACCACGACAUAUAUUCCGUGCAGGCCGUUACCACGCUUACCAUGUCGGCACACCCUCUAGGUAGGUCCACCGAACUUUCCAUCCUUCUGGGAGCGGCAGUGAAGGUCGCUCAGGCCCUUAGCUUGGACAAGCUCGAUUACGAUGCAUCGUUGGAGACCAUUGACGCGACGUCUUCGCCGGAGCAACGACACCGCCUUAUCCAGUGUGAACUCGGGAGGAAGCUGUGGUCACAACUCUGCGUGCAAGAUUGGACGUCGCUCCCGUUUGCUGGAAGUCACAAUAUCAACCCGUCGCAUUUCACAACGACGUUACCGUCGAAGCGGGACUAUCUGACAAUGGAAUCUCUUCCCACCACGUUCCCAACGUAUAUCAGCUACGGCAAUUAUCUCUUUGAUAUCGCCAAAUUGGUUGUGCGGCACCACGAGGCAACCCUUCAGGCUACCACGCCAUUCACCGAGUACCAGAGCAUCCUGGACUAUGACACACGAAUGAGGAACUUGGCGACCAAGGGGAUGCCUCGAUAUUUUCACGUCGUGGAACCGGUGGAUACGCUGUGGCCGGAAUGGGUGCAUUGGGCACGGUCGAGUCUCACAGUCUGUUUCGCGCACAAGAUCAUCAUGAUCCAUCGCGCCUACAUUCGACAAAGCUUUGCGAAUCCGAUGUACUCAAUGACUCGAGCAACAUGCACGGCUGCGGCAAAGACGAUCCUCAAUGAAGCGAAGAAGGCCAAAGACAUCGACGGUCCCAUCAUAUGGAUCGACAAGGCGUUCUGUGUGGCCGCGGCCAUCAUCCUCUGCUUGGACAUCUUGCAUCGGCCUGACUCUGACCCUGAGCUGGCGAUCCACAGGGGUUUGGUGUUGGAAUGCGUCGAGCAGCUUCAGAGGUUUGAAAACAGCAUUAUAGCGGCCAGGGGGGCGACUGUGUUGACGGAAAUUCUUGCCCAGAGAGAUCGCGCGAGUGCGAGUGCGGCUACUGGGUGGCCAACACAAGGGAUCGAUACUGUCGAGUUGAUCAACGCAGUCUCAUCAACAGUAGCCGAACCGCUGGAUGCUUCGAGGCUGGAAUCGAGAUGGUCGGCAGAGUUGUUUCCUCCCCAGAUGGGCUUCAGCAACAAAUUUUUGUUUGAGAGCCUACUGGGCCACAAGGCGCCCGACGAGUGA